ACUGAAGACGUUCCAAACUUGCGUACAUACGUGGGUGAUCACGUAGGCGCGCUGUUUUUUCCAUCGCGAGAUUUAUAACGAUCGUCGAGUAUACUUAAACGCUUCUCUAGCGGUGCAAGUUGAUUUCGAUGGUCUCUCGCAAAUGUGUGACUUCGUCCUGAUAUAUGAUAACUGUAAAAAAAAAAGAAAGAUAACCUGUCCCCGUCAAGGCAAACGCUGCUGUAAAUAAAGCCCCUUUUUUAUUUUUAUUCUUCUAAUAGACGGCGGUUUAAAUUAAUUCACGUGUCUGCGGCAUUUCUCUUAUUUCGUCCUCUGAGAGUCUCGUCACCGUCACGAGGCUCCACACGCGAUACAUACGUUGGAUCACGCGCAAAAAAUGAUCUUUCGACCGAUAACUGCGAUAACAUCUCAUUAUUGAUUUACGAACUUGAACGACAAGCAGCGAUAACGCGAGUCAUCUGUGCACUCUAUUUGCGAUUAGACGCUGCUCAGAAAUAAUCAUUGUUGCAAGCAUCACGUUUCAGAAAAUAACGUUUAUUUUAAUAAUUAGAGUUGAUUGCUCGCGAGAAAAGUGUAUAAGCGAAAGAGAGACUAAAAACUGUGCGGUAUGACACCAAAGAUAGUCGUUGUCGGUUCGUGCAUGAUUGACUUUACCUGUUUCUCUCCACGGUUGCCAAAAUCUGGCGAGACGAUAAUCGGGACUAGAUUUGAAAAGAAAUAUGGUGGUAAAGGCGCCAAUCAGUGUAUAACAGCUGCUAAACUUGGUGGAUCUACGGCACUUAUUGCUUCAUUAGGUUCUGACAUGUUUGCUCAAGAAUAUUUAGAGAUUUUAAGAAAGGAAAAUGUAGAUGUAUCUCACGUGAAGAUACAAAGUGAUAAACAAAGCGGUGUUGCUCACAUUACCGUUGCUGAAAAUGGUGAGAACACCAUCAUAAUCGUGUUAGGUGCAAACGAAUCGUUGACUCCGGAACUUGUGGAUUCCGCCGCCAACGUGAUCCAAAGUGCAAGCAUUUUAUUAUGCCAGUUUGAGGUGCCGCUAGAAGCCACACUGCAUGCAUUGAAGUUACAUCGGGGCCACGGACUUUCUAUUGUCAACGGAGCGCCCGCACUGGAAAAUCCUGAUACGGAAAUUUUUAGAUUGUGUGACAUUUUUUGCGUCAAUGAGAGGGAGGCGGAAAUUAUGACGGGCAUUCAACCUGUGGACUUGUCGAAUAUACAACAAAUAACGGACAAGUUUCUAGCUAAAGGAUGCAACGCAAUCAUUCUUACACUCGGAUCUCUCGGAGCUGCAUACGCAUCGAAAAUGAAUACAAACAUCACACGAAUUUCCACUACUGAAGUCCACCCUGUAGAUACUACCACAGCGGUGACAGAGGCGGCGGUAGCGGUAACGAGGAAGAUGCGGCAGGUUCAUCGAGAGGGAACGAGCUUUGACGUCAAAGAGGAGAGCGCGCAUCCUCGAAGAAGAGGAAGCCGCCGCCAUGCCGCCAUGUCACACGACCGAAGAAACUCUUCUCAGUUCUCGGGGCCCCGGCCCCGGCCCCGGCACCCUGGCAGGGGCUGUACAAGAUGCUGAUAAAAGGAGAGGGGGGGAUUAGUCAUGUCUUCGUGUGUACCGGCACGCGCAAGCCCCCGUUAAAGUGGGGCAACACCACCCACGUUCGCGGGCAGGAUAAAAAAUCCUUCGGGGAUCAGGGAAUACUCAGUUUUGAGCAAACCAUUAAGCGAGACGAUCGAACCGAAACGAAGAGAGACAAUCGCCUAGUCCCUCGAUCUUACAAGUCCGCGUCGGGAAUUCUGAGACGCUCGCGUAUCUUGCGCUGGUCAGUACCGCAUGCCAAAUUUCGACUGGCGAAUCAUCACAGAGAAUCGCGCGGUAUCCAGACUAAAAUUUGUUAGAUCGUCAAAAUAUUAUCAACUUACGUCACAUGGUCGAAAGAUCCGUCAAACGAUCGGUCAAACUCGAAAAAUUUCGAUUCGAAAUACUGUGCCUCGUAUUCACGUUUUCUAGUGUCUCGCUGAGAUUCGCUAGAUUUUGAAUUUCAAAAAAAGCUCAAU